CCGCCCGGAAUGAACACUGACUCGACGCUAUCAGCCUGUGUGAGCCGCGGAGGGAACUCCAGCACGGACUUUUAUCAAGUCCAGAAUCAGCAGCCAGAGUCCAAUGUUCGUCCGCUGCUGCCUUGCCUUGCCUGGCCCUCUGAAUGUUUUGCACCCGGACUCCUGCUGCACAAAGCACCCCACACUGCAUGAGGGCUUGAAGGCUGUUUUGCGGUAAUCCAGCUCAGAAAGUUAAAAGUUUGGAGGCCAGGGGGUUUUCAAGUCAGUCAUGUCCGGGCAGCCCAGAUUCGUGAGCCCGUUUUUCAGACCGCAGUGUUUGGCUGCUGCAGCUCCGGCGGGGAAAGCCAAACUCACGCAUCCUGGCAAGGCUAUCCUGGCAGGAGGGAUCGCUGGAGGCAUAGAGAUCUGCAUCACCUUCCCCACAGAGUACGUAAAAACACAGCUGCAGCUCGACGAGAAGGCCAAUCCUCCCAAAUACAAAGGCGUCGUCGACUGUGUGAAGCAGACGGUGAACGGUCAUGGGGUGAGGGGUCUUUAUAGAGGUCUCAGCUCUCUGCUGUAUGGAUCUAUACCUAAAGCAGCUGUCAGGUUUGGGGUGUUUGAGUUCCUCAGUAACAAGAUGAGGGAUGAAACAGGGAAGCUGGACAGUAAGCGAGGGUUCCUCUGCGGUCUCGGGGCUGGAGUUGCAGAAGCUGUGGUCGUAGUCUGUCCCAUGGAGACAGUCAAGGUCAAAUUCAUCCAUGAUCAGACGUCAGCAAACCCAAAAUACAAGGGAUUUUUCCACGGGGUGAGGGAGAUUGUUCGAACUGAAGGUCUGAGGGGGACUUAUCAAGGCCUGACAGCCACCGUGUUAAAACAAGGAUCCAACCAGGCCAUCCGCUUCUACGUUAUGACUUCACUGAGGAACUGGUACAAAGGUGAUGACCCCGACAAAGCCAUUAACCCGCUGAUAACUGGAAUGUUUGGAGCUGUAGCCGGUGCCGUCAGUGUGUUUGGAAACACUCCUCUGGAUGUCAUUAAGACCAGAAUGCAGGGUCUGGAGGCUCACAAGUACAAAAGCACAAUGGACUGUGCCGUAAAAAUCAUGAAGCACGAGGGACCAAGGGCGUUCUACAAAGGUACUGUUCCUCGGCUGGGUCGGGUGUGCAUGGACGUGGCCAUAGUCUUCAUCAUCUACGAGGAAGUCGUGAAGAUCCUGAACGUAGUUUGGAAGACGGACUGAAAAAGAAAAACCCACUGUGGUGCUACACAAGUCACAGAAAACCGAUGUCCCCAAACCUUGCUUCUGGGCUCUAAUAUCUACCUCUGAGUGAUUUUCAGACAGAAAGGAAGGGUUUGGUGUGUUCUUGAUUUUAUUUGUAACACAGGUGAAGCAUUACCUGCAUGUAAGAAAAAAAAAAAAAAAAAGCUUGUGCUGCAAAGUCAGAGCUUACACAUGGUGUCUUUUCUUAAAUACCAGAGGGGUAUAGUUCCUAAAGAGCUCAGGGAAAAGGAAGAGAGCAUUUAUUUAGAUCCGAGUGAUGAGAAAAUGGGAAUAUUAUGGAGAAGUGUGUCAUCUAUAGCGUUUUAAGUUCUGUUUAUACUUAUAGAGAAAAGAUAUCCCACCCAAUAUAAUGUGAUUCAGACACUGUAGACAAAUAAAUUAUACUUGAAAAGAGUGAUUAUACCGGGAGAACAAACCUUUUCAAGCCCUUUUUAUAUGGAAGUAUUUCCAUUUUUCCUUUUUUUCUUUCUGAGACUUACAGUUAAAUCUUAGCGAAUUAAAUAAAUUAUAUUCAGAUGUCACGUGCUACAGAGGCAACAGCUACAUUAACAACUAAAUGCCUUAAAUCUAAAAAUCAAGAUUGUAGUUGCAGUUUUUUUUUUUGCAUAUUAUGCUGUAUAUACACAGCGUAUUUAGAAAAUGCACAUUCACAAAACAGUGAAAAAGGUGUUCAGAGUUUUAAUUCAAUUAUCUAGACUACUAGAUAAUACUAGAUUGAUGCUAUAAAGAAGUGCCUAUGUAUUGUGUGAUUCAUUUUGAGAUCUUUUGAGAUUAAGAAUGAUUGAAAGUUGUAUGUACUUAGUCACUACAGAUUUUUUUUUUUUUUAAUUAAUAUUAUUGCACACCCUGCAGUGUUGCCGGAUGUUUAUUUCCAGGCAGGUAUUUCCGAGAUGUUCAUAUCUUUUCUACUCAUCACAACUGUUUUCUUUAAUUCUGUGCUUUUAAAUCUUAAAUUGCCUUUUAUUGCAAAGACAUGCCUGAUUGAGAAAUGCGAUUAACAGUGCCUUCCAUCUCAUUCCACGGAUAAUUACAUGAUUUAGAAGAAACUUUUAAUAAUGUAACAUUCAUUGCCUUUACUUACUUUUUUUUUACACCAACUGAAGACCCGAUGUGCUAACUGCUGCUCAUUAAAAUACGAUGCCAUGUUGAAGUCUGGAGUUUGUAGCUUUUUGGGUCAUGUUUACAUGCAAUGCAAUCGUUUGUUUAACAAAUGUUUUCUUUUAGCAAGCCCUCAUUCUGCUUCAGCUGCAACAUGACCUUACAUAUAUGAAGAUGUAGUGAAUGCAAAGCUAUUUAAAUAUCUUUUGAAUUUCAUAUCAGCACACUGAAAACUUCCAGCAGUUAAAAAAAAAAACAAGUAUUGUGCCUUCAGUCUAAUUAAAUCUGACAAAUGUGCUCACAAAUAAACAUGGGAUCAGACUGUUAA